UGCAGAUCGCAGACCGGCUACAGACACGCACACAGACCCGUGAUGUCUCUAGUCCGUGGUGAUAUCUGAUGCAGUCUUAAUGCAACGAACAGUGGCACAUUAAAUUAGUUUUACGGCUAAUGUUACAGAGUAGGAAAGGGAAUUUAACUUUCGGUUUCAUUAUCACAAGACUGGAUUGCUUCUCCUUCCAACAUGUUAAAUCACUCAAGUACAAGAAAGGCAAAUAAGGAUCUAAGGGAACGAAUCGAAAAACUGUGUGUAUCGGUAAAACCAGUGCUGCAGGAUGCAGAUAUUGAUGACACACAGCUGCUUACCUUGACAAGGGAAGAUUUAAAUGAGCUUUUCCCUGGUCAUAGAAACUUUCAGCUGCGAAAAAGAAUCAUGGAAUUGCUCACUGAGGAAGUGCAGGAGCCAGUAGGACCAGGCAAAAGCAUGCUGGUUAAUACAUUAAGGAAUUUUAUUCAGAGAAAUGAUAGAGGUGAACCUGCUGCUGAAAGUAUCUGGAAGGAGUACCUCUGUGCUCUGAGGAAUGUAGAAAAACAACUCACAGCUGCCUUGGACUUCUUAAAAUCACACAUUGAACUAAUGGAGAACCUCAGUGAAGUUCCAAUGCAAGAAGCAGCCAGUAGUUCGGAAUUCACUUUGUAUGAGAGAUAUGCAGAAAGAGGAAACCAAAAUCUGCAUGCAACCUCCCAUUGCAUACGCUUUUCACUUCCAGUUAAAAUCCACUCAGUUGUGUGUGGCAAUACUCUCGGAGCACAUGACAUGAUCCUCAGACAUCUGCAAUCAGUGGAGCACACCAGCGCAGAGGACUGUAGAGUAAUUCUGGUCUUCUGUCCAAUAGCAUCACGACCAGGGACAGACAUUGAAGCUGCAAUUCGGAAGGUUCCAGUUUCCAAAGCAACCAUCCUGGUAGUGAUGCAUCACACAUUUGAUCGGGACCACGCUGGAGUAACUUCAAGGCUAUGGUCGUCUAAUGCAAACGUAGUCGAGUGUGUGAAUGUGAUCUUCCAUGAGUCAGAGCCAAGGUUGCUGCUCGAAUGUCAUGCAAACACACAAGCAAUAUCCCAAAUACAGUCAGCUUUGCAACAAUUCAAGUAAAGUUCAUGUGUAGAUUGACUACAAGAAAGCUUGUGUGAUUCAAUGCCCCACACAUGGAGAG